GCGCGCCGCAGCCAUGGCCCUGGUGACCCUGCAGCGCUCGCCCACGCCCAGCGCCGCCUCCUCCUCGGCCAGCAACAGCGAGUUGGAGGCUGGCAGCGAUGAAGACCGAAAGUUAAACCUCAGCUUGAGCGAGAGCUUUUUCAUGGUGAAGGGAGCAGCCCUCUUCUUACAACAAGGAAGCAGCCCUCACGGCCAGCGGAGUCUUCAGCAUCCUCACAAGCAUGCAGGUGACCUGCCCCAGCACCUGCAAGUCAUGAUCAACCUCCUGCGCUGUGAGGACAGGAUCAAGCUGGCCGUGCGCCUGGAGAGCGCCUGGACGGACCGUGUGCGCUACAUGGUGGUGGUGUACAGCAGCGGGCGCCAGGACACCGAGGAGAGUAUCUUGCUGGGAGUCGACUUUUCCAGUAAGGAAAGCAAAAGCUGCACCAUUGGGAUGGUCCUGCGGCUGUGGAGCGACACGAAGAUCCACCUGGAUGGAGACGGUGGGUUCAGCGUGAGCACGGCAGGGAGGAUGCACAUAUUCAAGCCCGUGUCUGUCCAGGCCAUGUGGUCUGCCCUGCAGGUGCUCCACAAGGCCUGCGAGGUGGCCCGAAGACACAACUACUUCCCAGGGGGUGUGGCGCUCAUCUGGGCCACCUACUACGAGAGCUGCAUCAGCUCUGAGCAGAGCUGCAUCAACGAGUGGAACGCCAUGCAGGACCUGGAGUCCACGCGGCCUGACUCCCCAGCCCUGUUUGUGGACAAGCCAACUGAAGGGGAGAGGACCGAGCGCCUCAUUAAAGCCAAGCUGCGGAGCAUCAUGAUGAGCCAGGAUCUCGAAAACGUCACCUCCAAGGAAAUCCGUAAUGAGUUGGAGAAACAGAUGAACUGCAACCUGAAAGAGUUCAAGGAGUUCAUAGACAACGAGAUGCUGCUCAUCCUGGGGCAGAUGGACAAGCCGUCCCUCAUCUUCGACCACCUUUAUCUCGGCUCUGAAUGGAAUGCGUCCAACCUGGAGGAGCUGCAGGGCUCAGGGGUUGACUACAUUUUAAAUGUCACUCGAGAAAUAGACAAUUUUUUCCCUGGCUUGUUUGCAUAUCAUAACAUCCGAGUGUACGACGAGGAGACCACGGACCUCCUUGCCCACUGGAACGAAGCAUAUCACUUUAUAAACAAAGCCAAGCGGAACCACUCCAAGUGCCUGGUCCAUUGCAAAAUGGGGGUCAGCCGCUCGGCGUCCACCGUCAUCGCCUAUGCCAUGAAGGAGUUCGGCUGGCCCCUGGAGAAAGCCUACAACUACGUGAAGCAAAAGCGAAGCGUCACACGGCCCAAUGCAGGCUUCAUGAGGCAGCUGUCUGAGUAUGAAGGCAUCCUGGACGCAAGCAAACAGCGGCACAACAAGCUGUGGGGCCAGCAGGCAGACAGCAGCCUCCAGCCGCCUUCCGAAGACCCUCCAGAGCCCAGCGACUUCCUGACGGAGACCCUGGAUGGCACUCCUGAUGUCCCGCUGCCCUGCUUGGACAAUGCUGCCCAGCUCGGGCUCCAAGGAAGCCGGGCCCCAGGAGGGCCCGCUCUCCCCUGCUGUUUCCGGAGGCUCUCAGACCCCCUCCUGCCUCCCCCUCCUGAGGACGGCGGCAGCGUGGUGCACCUGGAGGAUCUCGAGAGGGACGCUCUGUUGGAGGAAGAGGCCUCGCCUGCCGAGGCCCACAAGCCCACCAGACACCCCCAGGAUGACGCUGGACUCUGCGAGAAGGAUGUGAAGAAGAAACUAGAGUUUGGGAGCCCCAAAGCCCGGAGUGGCCCCUUGCCCCAGGUGGAGGAGAUGGAGAGGGAAGAGGGCCCGGGCGCAGGGAGGUGGGGGCGGCCCUCGGUCCAGCCUGAGCGGGGCCUCCUGGAGCGCGGCAACCUCAACAACAACAACAGCAAGAGGAGCUGCCCCCAGGACUUGGAGCACGAUGCUAUGUUUGGGAUCCUGAACAAAGUGAAGCCAUCCUAUAAAUCCUGUGCCGAUUGCAUGUACCCUGCAGCCAGCGGAGCUCCCGAGGCCUUCAGGGAGUGGUGUGAGGACCCAGGUGCUCCCGCCAUCUGCACCCAGCCGGCCUUCCUGCCCCACCUCACAUCCUCGCCUGCUGCCCACAUGUCCAGCAGGUCCCGAGGUCUGGAGAAGCCGGCCUCUGGCGUGGCUGACGCGUCCUCCUUCCUACCACCAGCAGGUUCCAGAAGACCUGAUGCCAGCAGCUCUGGAGCCGCAGCUGCUCCGGAGCUAACAGGUAGCAUUUCAGAACCUUCUAGAGAGACCCCCAGAGUCCUGCCAAAGUCCCUCCUGUUGAAGAAUUCUCACUGUGAUAAGAACCCUCCCAACAUGGAAGUGGUGAAGGAAGAACUGUCACCCAAGAAAGAUCCCAAGCCUGCGAAGGACCUGAGGCUUCUGUUCAGUAGCGAAUCCGAGAAGCCCACGACCAACAGCUACUUGAUGCAGCACCAGGAAUCCAUCAUCCAGCUGCAGAAGGCCGGCCUGGUCCGCAAGCACACCAAGGAGCUGGAGAGGCUGAAGAGUCUGCCCGCAGAUAGCGCCCCCGGCCGGCUGGAGGCCAGCAUACCCGAGGAGAGCCAGGAGCCCGCCACCCCGCAGGACCCUGGGCCCCCAGCUCUGCCUGGCCACGCGGGGGGUGACGAGAAGCCAGAAGCCGCCCCCCAAUCCGUGGAAGGAGCCUCGCUGAAGAGCCCCCCGCCCCUCCCCUGCCGCCUGGACCAUUCCAGCACCUUCUCCAGAGACUUCCUGAGGACCAUCUGCCACACCCCCACCUCCUCGUCCCUCAGCUCCAACAUGACCCGCAGCUCCAGCAGUGACAGCAUCCACAGUGUCCGCGGGAAGCCAGGGCUAGUGAAGCAGCGGACGCAGGAGAUCGAGACGCGGCUGCGGCUGGCCGGCCUCACCGUGUCGUCCCCCCUCAAGCGCUCCCACUCUCUUGCCAAGCUCGGGAGCCUCGACUUCUCCACAGAGGACCUGUCCAGCGAGGCGGACGCCUCCACCCUCGCCGACCCCCAGGCCAUCCCCAGGAACCCGGCCUCCAAGCCAUCAGGGAAAUGCGCCCCAGGAAACUUGAACAGCCCCUCCUGGGUGAGCAGAAGCUGACCCACGGCAGACUCGUCAUGCGAUCCCUCCCUUGUCCCCCGUGGGUUUUGACCCGCCUCUUACAUCUUGAUUUGUCGUAAGGAACCCAAGUCACCUGAGCCUCCCGCUCUUGCCAUGGAGAGGAGGAGACACGGCAGCACAGGAAGGAAGGGGAGGUGCCGGGUACGGGGAUUUGUCAGAGACGCAGAACUCUGUCCCCAAGUCCCGGCUCUGAGAAGAGUACUGAAUCAAGAAGAGCACGUUCAGAUAUGCACACAUCCAAAAUGUUUUAUGGCAACAUGCAGAAGAGGAGUCAUGGUGACGCCACCGUCCCUGUGGCCCACGUUCCCAGCUCAUCCCACCCUCAAAGACACUUGCGAUGGCAGCCUAGUCCUACCUCUGUUCUCGCUGUGCUUUUCGUUUUUUAAAUACGAUGAUUCCCAGGGCUCAUCCCAGGGAAUGCUGCUGUCAGAAAGGGGUUUCCAGGGAGAUUGGCUUCCUUUGGUGGGGACCCCAAGAGCGCCACCCGCCCUGGCUCUGGUGCGGCUGACAGGCAUUGGGUCGGCACUGGGGUCAGUUGGGGGAAACGUGUGCAAUACCCUCAGCGCCCCUGUUUCAGGGACGAGGACCCCAGACCGCUGCUUCUCUGUUCCUGCUGCUGAACUGGGCGUGGUUGGGUUGGGGAAGUGCUGGGGCUGCGGUUCUAGGAGGUGGAUCCUCCCAGGAGCCCACCCCUCAGGGUUGUUGGGUCCCAUUUUCCAAUGUUUGGAAAGGGAAGGGAUUUCGGGGGCAGAGACCUCUCCUGGGUCCUGCUCCAGGAGCUACUCGCUGCAGCUUCUCUGAGAGGAAUGCGACUGGGGAAGGACAGGGAACAGCGUCCUCGGUGUCUCCAGUCGCCACUUCCAGUGGGGAGAACUGCUUCCUGUCUUUCCAGUUCUCCGGCGGCUUGGCAGAGGCAGUGACAGCCCAGGUCUCCUUGGGCUCCGCUCUGGGCAGCGCCUCGAGGAAUCAGGCCUCACAGCCCACCCCCACCAGGGUCUCCCGUGGAGGAUGGAGGAGUGUGUGGUGGAGGGAUCACGGAAGCUUCCCGCAGUUCCAUCUUGCCCUCGGCAGGAUCAUCUGGAUUAGCUCAGUGAGACCCAAAGCCUUCAGGGACAGGCAGCCCCAAAAGCAGAUGCCUCAAGAACAUUCCAGUGAGUUCUGAAGUCCUCCCCCACCCUGCAAGCCCAGAGGAUGCCUCCAGAGAGAGCUGAGGUUGGACAGACCUGCAGAGCAACCCUGCCCUGCACUCUGUCCCCAGGCCCAUCCUGGAAGGUUGGUGAAUACCCCGAUCCCCGGGGACCCUUCCUCCCUAGUGAGCACAAAUGCUACAUGACUUAGUUAAGAUCAUACUAAAAAACUUCCCCAAGAUACCCUAAAAGAAAAGCAUUGCUUUUGGUGGUGCUGGGGAUUGAACCCACAGCCUGGUGCAUGGGAGGCGAACACUCUACCAACUGAACCCCAGCCCCAGGCAUUGCUUUCUGUUUCCAGGAAUUCUUGGUCCCAGAAUUCAGUUCACCCAACCCUGCUGGUUGAAUGGCCACUUAAUGGGGCUCCCCUCAAACACACAAAACUCUCCAAGGGCCACCUCUUCCCCUCUGGCAGAAGUGCUAAGUAGAUCAGGAAGGAUGCCUGGGCAACUCAGGGCAGCCUCGCCUGUCUGGUCCUACUCCCUGGUUAGCUGCCGAGGACACAGGCCACGUGUAGGUGGCUGCUUCACUCCACACCUAGCCACUGGCUCUGCUCUGGCCUGCUCUGCACUGAGUGCCUGGGGAAGGGGUCCCCUCUGCGGUAUCUGUACAUGCAUGGUGUGUGGCGUGUGCGUUCAUACAUACCUGAGCACAUACAGAUGAAUCCAACCAUGUGCGUCAUAUCUCAUCCACACAUCUGCCAUGUCACCCAAGCUACAGAGGAGUCAUCUGGACCAUUGUGACGUGAUGCUGCCCAGCGCUGCCCUGGGCCCAUGCACAUGUCCCUGCCCUGUGCUUGUCUUGCAAUAGGUGCCACAGCCCCGCCCUCCAACACAGGCGUCUAAUAGACUCCCCAUGGGCCGCUGUCCUGGCCAGGGUCCUGCUGCAUGAGAAGAUGGCUGCUCCCUCCCCUCCCUACGCCGUGGUCAUUGUUCUACAAUCCAGUGCCUUAAUCCUAGUUUACAAAUACUGUGUAUUUAUGGAGACUGUUGCGCUCUCAUCUUUGGUGACUGGGUAUUUGUCUCGUCAGUGGUGGUUGGUGUGGGACACAAGCUGUCCUAGGCCAUUCUCGUGUUGACUCCGCUGUGCAGUUGGACGUGGUGUGUCCACAGCUACUCCAGGGAGCCUUGCUAGAAACAGCACCCGUGGUUCUGGGGGCCAGGCCAGCCUCGGCCAUGGCUGCGUCCCUCGGGAGCCCACAAAAGAACACAGUUUGGUUUGUGGCCAGCUGGGGAGCGGCACAGGCCAAGCUCCAGACCCCAGCCCCUCGGCCAUCCCCAUCACAGCUGUGCCCUUGUCUCAUAGAGGUGUGACUACCGCCUGGCCACCCUGGCUUUCCUCUCUUAGUGUCCUAAACUCUUUUGCAACAAAAUGUAGGUACAGGUCCCCCACUGGGACACCACCGGAAGAGUUAGUCUUUGGUAUUUCAGAAGCUGCUGGUGGGUUCCUGUGUGUUGUGUUAUAUCAAUGACUUUUUAAUUGUUUUUCUUCUUGUUUUUUUAUAUUAUAUAUUUAAAGGCAGUAUCUUUUGUACUGUGAAUUUGCAGUAGAAUAUGCAUAAUGCACUUUUUUUUUACUUCCGUUGGUGUGUAUUAUAUAUAGUCUGUGUGCUUCUUGUGAUGAAAAUAAACUUUUUCUUUAUAAAUGC